UCCAUAAAAAUAAGAAACUGCCGCUAGAUCUUAGCCGGCUGCCCCUGCCCCCCUGCCCGUAAUUUCUUCUCCGUCAAAUUACUCGUCUCCUACAUUUUCUUCAAAAAAAAAAAAAAAAAAAACCUAAACCCCCAAUCUCUCUCCGACAACUGCCUUUCAUUUUGGAUUUCUCUUCUCAUUCCAUCAAUUUCAAUUCAUUUCCUCUCUUUUUCCUUCCAAUUAAUCUCUCCUUUUGUUCUAAUUAACUUCCCGAUUCGUUUGAUUGCUUCGUUGUACUGGAGUUUACAGCUCUAAUUUCCCACUAAAAUGCUAUAGAUUCAUGUAGUGUUACUGAGAUUUGCUUGUUUGAUGGCGUCGAUUCGGAGGACUCUGUCGCCGGCGUAUCCCGAUCGGGUUUAUCCCAACGGAAUCCCCUUUUCAACUUCUUCUCCAUCUUCAAAGCUUCUUUCUAAUACUAAAUACUCCUCUCCUUUCUCGUCUUUUGCCAUUGGAGCGCGGAGAUUUAUCUCUGGUGCUUUCUUUGUCAAGCCUCCCCGUAAAGGUAGCAAUAGUUGGCGACGGGCAUUCUUUAGAUGCUGUGUGUUUUUCUUGCUUGGCUUCUUGCUAGGUAUGAUGCCGUUUGGUCAUGAUGCCUACGACAUUCGUAGCCAUGACUUCUCUUUCGAGAUCAAGCCGCCGCAUGUGAACGCGCAGUUCGAGAAAGAUAGUCAUGGUCAGGUUUGGCGAGAGGAUUCAGUUGUCGAUUCAGUUAAUUUGUCGGUCAAGCCGUCUCCGGAAGUAAAUUUGACUUUCAAUUCAGUACCGAAGACGCAGUUGAUUGUGGUGACACCGACGUAUAAUCGUGCACUUCAAGCCUAUUUCUUGAAUAGGCUGGGUCAGGCUUUGAAGCUUGUGAAUCCUCCAUUGCUAUGGAUUGUGGUGGAGAUGAAUUCAGCGUCGAUGGAGACUGCCGAGAUAUUGCGGAAAACGGGGGUUAUGUAUAGACAUUUGGUUUGCACUAAAAACAUGACUGACGUUAAGGAUAGAGGAGUUCAUCAAAGGAAUGCGGCUUUGCAACACAUUGAACGCCAUAAGCUCGAUGGGAUCGUUUACUUUGCCGAUGAUGACAAUAUAUAUUCGUUGGAGUUGUUCGAUAGCCUGAGAGAUGUUAGCCGCUUCGGCACUUGGCCUGUUGCUAUGCUUGCACAAAACAAAAACAAAGCGAUUCUUGAAGGUCCUGUAUGCAAUGGAAGUCAAGUAAUUGGAUGGCACACCAAUGAGAAAAGUAAGAGGCUUAGAAGAUUUCAUGUUGAUAUGUCUGGAUUUGCUUUCAAUAGCACCAUCUUGUGGGACCCGAAGAGAUGGAGACGUCCUACUUCAAAACCUAUUAGACAGUUAGACACUGUGAAAGAGGGUUUUCAGGAGACUACAUUCAUAGAGCAGGUAGUUGAAGAUGAAAGUCAAAUGGAAGGUGUGCCUAUUGGCUGCUUAAAAGUAAUGAAUUGGCAUCUCCAUUUGGAUGUUCCCAAUUUUGUUUAUCCCAGCGGUUGGGUGUUUCAGAAGAAUCUUGAUUAUGUCCUACCAAUCAAGUGAUUAAACUUUGCCGUUGCAGUUUGAAGCUUUAGAAUUUUAGACAGUUUGAUCCAAAUCUGAAUUUUGGUGGCUUUUAACUCCCCGAUUGGAUCGUUGCUUGAAUUGGCGCUGCUGUUGGUGAUGAAGAGUUCCAUGGCUAGCUUGGCUUUCAACACAAAAACAUACACGUUUAUCAUUUUUACUCGUAAGAAUUUUCUUGCAUAUUCUUUAACAGAGAUGAGUUUCGUUUAGCUGUAGAGUUUUAGUGCUUACUUUGGAGAGUUUCUUUAAUUUUUCAAUCUUCAAUUGUUACAGCAAAACCUUCCAAAUAGUGUGGGGGCAGGGGACUAUUGUAUAUCUAAACUCUGUAUCUGUUGUAAAACCAGUUGGUGACCAAUUCAAUGGGGCCUAAUCAAGUAAGGCCACUUUCUUCUAAGAGUAAGAUAGUUCGCAACAUUUUUAUUCCCUAUCACUUUCGAGGAACGGGUUCGCUCCUCUUCCUAAAUCAUCCACCCUCCAGAUGGAGGGACAGUUUUGUUCUGAGAGGGAUCCCCCCCUCUCCAGGAGAGUUUCCAUGGGGGCGGUUUCCAAUCAAGUACAACAAGUGGGGUUUGAGGAAAUGAGUAUAUGUCAUCAGUUUAACUAUUACCACAGCCUAAAUUAUUUAACUCUAGUUAUAAAUCUUUAUGGAAGUGUUUUGAGUGCUGAAUUGAAGUCUAAAGUUAAUAUGUUGGAGUUAAAAUGUCUGUGUUUGUGGUGUCGAUUUUUUUAGUUGAGUUUGUGGUGCCGAUUUGGAGUUUCUCAAUAAGUGUACAAAAGUGAGGGAAUGAUGAAAUUCCUCAAUAAAUGUGCAAAAGAAAGAAAGAAAGAAGAGAAAA